GACGGAUCGAUAAGGGCGCGCGCGGGCCUCGUGCGGUCGCCGCGAUAACCUGUUCCUAAAAAAGUUGACCCCGCGCGCUCUUGAUAAAGUUUCGCGAAGGGACGAAAGAGGAGGGACGUGUGUGCUCGCGAACAAGUGGCGGAGUCGUGUAAUCGCGUUCUGACGAUGAUCAAAUAGUCGCCGCAGUCUCCCGAGCCGUAUACUCUUCCUCGCGAACAAAACAUUGUCCGAGGAUCACACACGCACCGCUCUCCCACACUACCAACGAGCGGGGAGACACAAACGAGUACCCACGGUACGAUUGCGCCGAAUUCGAAUCUUGCCAAAACGAGGGGUUGCGAGGAUCAAACAACUUUAUUACGUACACACGUACAUGUGCACUUACGCGCGUUUACACAAGCCUGCGUCCAUGAAUAUAUGAACCUCGAGCUUCGUUCCAAGCUCGUAACCCAUCGGAUUGUUUUUUCGACAUAAAUAUUCGGAGAGUCAAAAAAUGAGAGUGAAUUAAGAGUGCAACUCGGUCUUCGGUGGGCUCGUUCCCAGUGAACUUCUUCACAUACGACGCUCGUGACUCCUCUCAUUUUCCUGGGUUUAUGUAAUCACUGGAAAAAGUGCUUCGCUUCAGGGUUAUGAGAAACUGUGCUCGGUACUUCCUGCCAGAGGGAAUAAAACAUUAUUGUAGUCUUUCGACUCUCGAUAUUUUAACCGGCAGCUGCUCUUCUCGGCAAAACAUUCGAAGCGGCUCGAAGCCGCUGGCCUCUGGUGUCUUUUUCGACGCGUGGAACAGUGUCGCUCGUGAACUCUCGGAGGUUAUGGCAACGCUGGUGGACCUCGGCAGAACGGAGGGAGCGACAGGGACCACGAUUUUCACGCCGAGAGGAAUGAGUGUUGCAGGAAUUAUGCACCUCGUUUGAGGAUUAUGACCUCAACUUCGCGGGGCUCUUUGCCCCGGUGUCACCGGUCUCACCAUGGGAUCCGGGACAACCUCGGGACCACCAACACUUUUCUACUUUGGUCUAUUCUCGUUGUAUUCGUUACUUUGCCAUGGAGCAGCAGAGGAGAACCAGGAAAACAUUACAAGAUGAGCAACGUAUGCAAGCACCAUUUUAUGAACGAUCUUUAUAGGAAGAUCGAUGGUGCUGUGCUCACGUCACAGAACGAGAGGAAUCUCGACUGCGCCAUUACCUUUCAGACUCAUAGUAUCCUCCAACGUUUCAUGCUGAGAUUCGACAGACUUCAAUUGGAUUGCAACGAUCAUCUUUACAUUUACGAUGGAGCACAUGCUGUCGACAAUUUUAAGGCUGAUCUUUCUUGCAAAAACACAAACGUUGGCGUCGGCGCAAUCUACACGCGGACGAACUUCGUCACCCUCAAAUACGUCACGGACGGAUGGGGCAUGGAGGCAAAUGGCUUCCGGCUCGUUAUUACCGCCAUCAAAGAUCAGAAACACACUUGCAAAGAUUUUCGGUGCAAGCUCAACGAGUUUUGCAUUGGCAUGGACCUUCUUUGUGACGGUGUCAAUCACUGCGAAGAUGGCUCUGACGAAUCCGCAUCUACUCUCUGUGCUAACACCGAAGCUUCGACGAUUCUUGGGAUGCAAACAACGUGGUUCGCCGUUAUACUAGUGCUGUCGGUACUCAGUAUGGCUGGCUCCGUUGCUGCUACCAUUUUGUGCUACAGUCGUCAUCGUGUUACGACCCCGAGACACCCGCACAACGCGCACAACGCACAGCCACAUCCUCCGGUCAGCUUCCCAUGUUGUUGGUCCCUAUCGCCAAGGAGCCUGGAGGAAGGAGCUCCCAUAAUGACUUCGCAAAAUUUAUCUUCAAGACGUCGAAGGUUCGCGUGUCCAAGAUGCCUGAUCGGUCUUGGCCUGCUCUCGAUAUUUUCCAUAAUCACAACAACGCUUCUCGGCAACGCGAUCUCCCAGAGUCUCGACGACAACAGCAUACUACAGGACUUUGACACGGGUAGCAGCUCCAAUAAUAACUCGAUACAAAUUGGUUAUCACGAGAAGGAUUAUUUCAUUGGUCCGUGUCUCAUCCACUCGAAUAAAAGCUGCCCCGACGAGGAAGUAACUUUUUUUCUUUACACCCGUAAUAAUCCGUUCGACGGUGAGGAGAUUCGUGUUAAUGGCACGUGGUCGAAUUUGAACGAAAUGAAUUAUUCGAAGAACUAUCCAACGAAAAUCAUCAUUCACGGAUACAACUCGGACAUGCAAUUGGACUCGCUCGUUGACAUUAGAAUUGAAUACCUGAAGAAAGAACCGGCGAAUCUGAUAGCGGUAGACUGGCAUCGAUUGGCGGUUGGCCCGUGUUAUCCAGUGGCCGUUCACAACGUUCCUCACGUGGGUGAUUGUUUGGCCCAGCUUAUCGAGCGAUUGCGCGAUGCCGGCACGACGAAUAUUCACGUUAUUGGAUUUAGCCUAGGCGCUCACGUACCAGCAUUCAGCGCUAAUGUUCUCAAGCCUUACAAAAUACCGCGUAUCACGGGCCUCGAUCCCGCGAUGCCGUUAUUUGUCACGGUCGGUAAUGACGGUAAAUUGGACGCCGGCGAUGCCGAAUUCGUCGAUGUCUUUCACACCAACGCAUUCAUACAAGGUAAAGUCGAAACCAGCGGACACAUCGAUUUUUACAUGAACGGCGGCAUCAAUCAGCCCGGAUGCUGGCAGAAGCAAAAUCCAUUUGGCUGCAAUCAUCAUCGUUCGGCUGCUUAUUUCGCCGAAUCCAUCAACACGAGGAUUGGCUUUUGGGGUUGGCCAUGUCCCGGUCUCGUUGCUUAUCUACUUGGUCUAUGCCCACCGAGGUUCCCCGCAGUCGUAGCCGGCGACAACGUCGAUACCAAAUAUCGAGGAUUUUUCCUUGUCAAAACGAGGGCGGAAGCGCCAUUCGCCCUGGGACCUUUCAGUGUCAGUGCGCUCGACGCUCAUAUGUGAUACAGACAUCUCGUGCCAAAAGCCUCGAGCAAGACAAGCAUAUUCCAAAUAUGCUGGAUAAAACACUCUGUUUCUCAUUUUAACACUCACCAGUGAUUUAUUUCAUUUUAUAUUUUUAUUUUCCCAAUUCCGCAUUCGGGGCAACGACUGAUAUUACUUUUCCCGAACGUUUGUUUCAUCGUCGAUACUCGUGAUAGAUUAUUUAUUUAUAUGCACAUACAUUUAUUGCUCGAGUGAAAGUGCUUCUGUUGAAUAUUUGUACGAUCGUCUUCUCUUCUUGUAUUGAUCGUGACUCAUGUUCGAUCCACGAACAUGCAUGACGUAAUUCAAUAGUUUAAGUUAGCGAAUUAAUGAUCUCGAAAUACGCGAUACAACUCUCAAUUCUCGUAAUGAUUUUUCAUUAAUGUUGACAACUUUUAUAGUGAAUAAAUGAUCCAUCGUAUGUCUACAACGUACGUUGGUCCUAGCACUUAGAAACUAUGUGCAUUUUUUCCAACCAAUUGUCUGUGGUGAAUCGGUGAACCCUUCAUUCAACGUCCUUUAACUUAUGCUUGUAGACGCAACAGUUUGGCUUUCUGGUUCUUGGUAGCGAAUAUUUUUACCGCUGUCGAUGAACUAUCGCUGGAAUGAAAAGUGAUCAGAGUGCACUCUGACAAUAUCAUAUCCACUGCGAUCGUCGAAUCUCAAUUAUAACUGAUUUUGCAAAUGUCGAAAUCAUAUGAAAAUAUACUUUUUAUUUUAAAGACAAAAAAAUCAUAGCUGCGAAUCGAGUUUUAUGUUACGAACUGUGCUUCAUAGUUGACAAUAAAUAAGUGAAAAAUGUGGUGAUAUUUGAGAUCUUUCUUGAAUGUGACUUUGGUUAUAUUUGUAAAAUUCGAACGGUUCUAACUCUCCAUUAAUAUUUAUGGAGUGACUGUAGUGAGAUUAUGGAGAUGGCAAAUGUCAAAGUGUGAAAAAGUUACUUGCUGUCAACCCAUUUAUUAAUAAGAACGCACAUGCUGUAUAGGAAAGUUGAGACAAGUAAAAAAUCGAAUUUAUUCAUUUCA